AAAGCGAUUUCCAUGGUAAAAAGACAACGAAACUUUCUUACACCGUAUCACUGGUCUACAAAACAGACCACAAAUUAUUUCUAUUUGGUAAAAUGUCAAUCCCAACAGACCUUACUCCGCGCUUCGAAGUGCGCAAGCUCGAGGCCAAGCAUCUGGCCGUCGCCUCAGCGAUACUGUCCGAAACCAACAUCUUCCACUCGCCCAUGUGGGAAAUCGCACACCCGGAUAACCAGACAAAGCGAUGUUAUGAUGUGUUCAACGCAGUCGACUAUCUAGUGCGCGCUGCAAUUGAGUCUGGGUUGACUUAUGGAGUUUUCGACAAGGAAUGGAAGUUCAAACGGCCAGAGUCGGUUGCCACUGAUGGCGCUCUGUACUGGGACCAGACCGACCUCACUGCCACGUCGGAACAGCUACUCGAACAGAUAGACAGUCCGCUGGUGUCGAUCUGCCUUGCAUACGACGGUUUCUACCCUCUGAAUCUUGAUAAUUUAAAAGACUUCUUUGAGAUACUCCCGCUAUUUGCAACCAUGCAUGAGCACUUCCACACGAUCGAUAAGCGUGACCCGAAAUCCUGGGAGCCAACAGCGCCCGGUCAGGUCAUCAUGCGGACAGGAACAUCAACACGGGCAGACUACGAAGGAAUGGGAUUAAUGAAACUGAUGGCGCACUGGGAGAUGAAGGACGCGGCGGCGAAGGGUUUCCGCGGUAUCAACAUGGAAACACUACAUCCGGCCGUCGAUCAUGUCUGGAUGAACCCACCAGCCCCAUUCAAGGCGACGCGCGUCAAUAUUUUCAACAUGAACGAGCUGACGGUCGAAAAAAACGGACAGCGGGUUGUGGCGUGUCCUCAGGUGGACGUGUUGGCUGGGCGCAUAGGACCUUGGCUCUGGCACGGGUAUGAGUUUCUGCUUGCUCGUGUUCUUCAUCGUCUCCAGCGGCAUCAUGUCACUCUGCUCGUCAAUAUUCCUGUAUCCGUUCUUUUUCGCCGAUGUAUCAGACGACAUCAGAUUGGUGGAGCGUUUCGACGGCCAGUGUCGUCCGCCGUCGUCCGCCGUGAUAAGGCCGGACUGCAAGCUCGUCAUGAACAACUGCAAGUGCGGGAUGCACGCAGUAACAAUCGAGGUGGUCUGAACAACCUGCGUGCAAAUGAUGAAUUUAUACGACGCAAACAUAAAAUCGGGUUCGAACAAUCCACCAAUGUAGCUUAG